AUGAAGAUUAUAUUUGAACAUGAAGGUGGUAAAACAACAGUUAUUGGAACUGAUUAUAAUUCAAUUAUUGACAAAAUAAGAUCACUUUUUCCUGAUCAAAAACAUAGAUCAAGACAAUUUUAUGAUGCUGAACUUACUGAUUAUUUUGAGUUUACUUCUUUUGAACAAAUUAGUGAUCAACCUAAUGGAAUUAAAAUGAAUUUCGAUAUGUCGAAUACGUCAAAUCUGUAUUCUGCUGAUCAUUCAUUAUCAUCAUCUUUAAAUAAAGAUAAAAAUGAUGGAAAAAACAAUUUUGUUACACAAAAAGCUUAACAAUUAACUAUACCACCUCCAAUUACUAGUACACCAAUGCGACCACCAACAAGUUCCAAAAAUGAUCCACGAGCAACUAUUUCAAUGGUACCUCAAUCGAAUCCACCAUUUGUAAAUGUUUCAUCCAUUCAUACAAAACCUAUUUCGUGUAAAUUACCUCUUAUAAAAACUACACCAACUGCUCUUAUAUAUCAUGGCGGUCGUAUGCAUUUAACAUCAGUUCAAUCACAAUCUAUUGUAGCGGUGCAUAAAGUAAUAUUACCUCGAGAUGAAAAUGAAAAAAUAUCAGUACAACAACAACCAAAAAAAACAGAAAAUAUUUUAAAACCAAUCUUAAUCGACAAUAUUGGAGAAUUAAAAAAUGUAACAAAUGGUGAACAAGUGUCGUAUCAGAAGGUAUUCAAAUCCGAACAAGAUGCCUAUUUUAAAGAGCUUAUAUUUGAAUAUUCAUUAAUGAAAAAUCAAUUAUGUUCAUAUGAAGAACUUCAAAGUGAAGCUCGAAUUAUACUUGAUGAUAUUAUCCGAAAAUAUUCAAUUCGACAUGCACAUCAAAUCAGUGAAGCUGAUUUUUUGGCAAUACAAAAUUUAUGUGAAGAUCUUCAUGAACAAAAUAUAUUUUAUAAAGAUGGUCUCACUGAUCCUCAUCCUAUCAUCGGAAUCUUAAUAAUGCCAUCAGGUGCAACAGGUUUUGAAAAAGCUUUUAUGUUUGUGAAAAACUUGCCGUAUAAAAUGCCUGUGUCGAUUACAGUUAGUGGUCUUCAUAAGUUAUUAGCACUUCUUGUUAUCAUGUACAUGAAUCUCAAUCAUUUACCUGCUCAAAAAUUACUUGAAAUACUUGUCGAAAAAUGUAAAAAAAAAAAGUGGAACUAUAUGAUAGUAUAG